AUGAUGAAGAGAGGAAGCCAAUAUUAUCCAAUAACGAGGUCCUCAGGUUCCUUUGUGAGCAGAUUACUAUCCUUUUUAAAAGCAGUAUAUGCAUUCUUGAUCGCAUGGGCGACACAACGUCUUCAUCCCACUGAACAAAGUCCAAGCGUCAGCGUCAAUAAUAUACCUUUGGAUCUAGUGGUUGAGAUUCUUAAAAAACUUCCUGCAAAGUCUCUCGUCAGGUUCCGAUGCGUCUCGAAGGAAUGGUCAUCAAUUAUCAGCAGCCGCAGAGACUUCCUUGACGCAAUCGUGGCACGUCCUUUGGCUCAGCCGCAGCGUAUGCACUUCAUCUUCCAUUACAACUGUACGAGACAACCAUUCUUCAUCUUCAGGUCAGUUAACCAUAAGAUGGCUGAUAACCAAUCAAUAUUCAUCCCUGAACUAACGAGGUCCUACAUUUAUCAAUACGUCCGUGGUUUGUUUCUUUGUUGGUCAUAUGGAUGUUUUAAGAUAUUUAUAUAUAAUCCUACCACGAGGCAGGCCCUUUGGUUGCCGGACCAGGAUUAUUUUAUGUUCAAACACCAUUACACUUACUUCUUUGGAUACGACCCUCUCCAGAAUCAAUACAAAAUUUUAGGCCUACCCAAAUAUUAUAUGAGGAAUGCUUGUAUAGCUUUCACAUUGACAGUUCCAACUACUACCAAAAACUGGAGAUACAUAGAAUCCAUUGGACUUGAACAUCACUAUCCAAUACGACCUUCUAUUUGCAUCAACGGGGUUAUCUAUUACCAAGGACGCACUACAGAAUAUGGUUGGAGAUGUGUAUUGAUGAGUUUUGAUAUUAGGCAUGAGAAGUUUGAUCAGGUCAAUGCUCCUACAGACUACCAUUCGAGUCUGUUAAACUACCAAGGCAAGUUAGGGCUCAUGUGUUGCUAUAAGGGCGUGGAAAUUUGGGUUAUGGAGCAUACUAAAGAGAAGACACAAGAAUGGUCCAAGAUUUUCUUUUACAAGGAGAUGGUAAGUUUCGAAGAUUGGUUCAGCAAGGGUGUUACACGAGGAGGUGAGAUUGUUUUUGUCUAUAACCGGUCCGGACAUAACAAUCGUGGUGACGCCCUAUGCGUCUCAUAUUACGAUCCAGUGCGAAACAGCAUGAGAUAUGAAGACAUUGAAAGUAUUAGUAAGAAGAAACUAAAGCCUGAAGAUAUUAUAUUUAAAUGUGCGGUCAUUGAUCAUGUCGAGAAUACAAUGCGUUUGUUUUAG